AUGUCGGUUCCUUUGUCUGGGGUAGAGCUGCUCAGACUGUGUACAGUGCUGCAGGACUGUGCUGAUCAGCUGUCAGUGCUGGGUAACAUCAUGCCCGACACCUACAGGGGUCGUCCAGAAGCUAAUAUGGUAUUAUAUAUCUGAUUAUCCUCAGCUUACAUUAUUUUGGCAGCUAAUGUCAGUUGGCUUUUUCAAGCGAUGAUGUCUUUUUAGCUAAUAAUGAAUGGUAGGCUUGCUAUCCAAGCUGUAAUUUUCUCAUAUUCAGCACCUAUUCAUCUGUUUUUGUGGAAGGUUGUGUCAGCUGACAUUGGACAGGUCCUUGAACAGCAGAAACGGGCAGAGCAGAACCUGAAAGCAGCCCGUCAGUUUGAGAGAGAGGCUGGGGGACUGUCAGAUGCCACCCAUGAGCUGCACAGGUCACAGAAGGAACUGAACCGCACACUAGAGGAGAACCCACUGUCCCCUGACUACCUGGCCAAGGUGCAGAGAGACAGGUGGGUUCCAGAUAGCUUUGGUUCCGGGCUUUAGUACACGUUCCGACCUGGACCAGAGCUAGGGUCCAGACAAUUUAAUAAAAUAGAAGAAGCCCACAACUCUGAUGUGCUUCAAACAGUGAUUUAUUAAUGUGAUGCACACAUGGGCGGCAGGUAGCUUAGUGGUUAAGAGCGUAGUGCCAGUAACCGAAAGGUCGCUGGUUCUAAUCCCCGAGCCGACUAGGUGAAAAAUCUGUCGAUGUGCCCUUGAGCAAGGCACUUAACCCUAAUUGCUCCUGUAAGUCGCUCUGGAUAAGAGUGUCUGCUAAAUGACUAAAAUGUAAAAUGUAAAUGAUAGAUAACUUUUAAUUGGGUUCUUUUUCAGGUUGACCACUGAACUAAACACAUUGCCAUUGUUUACACUUGUCAAACAUUUCCAAGGUGCAGAGCAGACUGUAUUAACUGUGAAUCCAAAAAGUACCCUGUAUGCCAUCAAGGUCAUUCUCUCGCUCUCUCAUAUACAGGCAGUUUGUGGCUCACGUGAUCACUGAUUUGUUGGCAGAGCUGCAAGAGAGAGGGACCUUUCACAGCUUGCUUUUGGCUGUGGAAGAAGAGAAAAGAAGGAAGGCCAACCUCCUGGACAUAAUAAUC